CUUUCCCGCGCAUCGUAAUGGUACGGUCCGACUCUCAUUGUGGCCAAGGGCGAGAGCAGUACCAACUGUGUGAUAAAGGGGGAGUAAGCAGUCUCCCCCCUUUGUUCUCACAGUUGGUAAUGGACUAAUCCAGGGAGCGUUUCUCUAAGGUGGAAGGAAGGGACCAUCUGUGUACUGAGGAUGGCAACCCGGCGUGCACUAAAAGCUGUCUUGGUGGAUCUCAGUGGCACACUUCACAUCGAAGACUCAGCUGUCCCAGGAGCCCAGGAAGCUCUUAAAAGGCUGCGCAGCGCCCCUGUUGCCAUUAGAUUUGUGACCAACACCACCAAGGAGUGCAAGCGAGACUUGUUGGACAGGUUGAAGAAACUUGAAUUUGACAUUAAGGAAGAUGAGAUCUUCACAUCUCUAACAGCGGCCAGGAAUCUCUUGGAGCAGAAAGAGGUCCGGCCCCUGCUACUGGUAGAAGACAAUGCACUGCAUGACUUCACAGGGAUCAACACAAACGAGCCCAAUGCCGUGGUGAUAGGGCUGGCUCCUGACCACUUCAAUUAUCAAAUGAUGAACCAGGCCUUUCGGCUGAUCCUUGAUGGGGCUCCCCUUAUAGCCGUGCACAAAGCUAGAUACUAUAAGAGGAAAGACGGCCUUGCGCUCGGCCCUGGACCUUUCGUUACCGGACUGGAAUAUGCCACGGAUGUGAAAGCUACCGUGGUGGGGAAGCCGGAGCGGACGUUCUUCCUGGAAGCCCUGCGUGGGACCGGCUGUGCACCAGAGGAAGCUGUCAUGAUUGGUGAUGAUUGCAGGGACGAUGUUGGAGGCGCACAGAAUGCUGGCAUGCUGGGGAUAUUGGUAAAGACGGGGAAAUACCGAGAUGCCGACGAAGGCAAAAUUAACCCACCUCCAUAUUUAACCUGUGAGAGCUUCCCCUGUGCUGUCGACCACAUCCUCCAGCAUCUGUUGUAAAAGAAACCCUGCAGGGUUUGAACACCACCUUUUAGUGCUCACAGUUGGACAUGCAGGAACAGAGCCAAGCUCUGUCAGGUCAGCAGACGUGCUUGGUGUAGAUCUUGCUGGACUGCACCCCUUCCUAGCGCGAGCGGGAGGAUCGCGCUCGAAUGCUCUCCCUCUAAAAGUAGUUCCCUGCCCGUUGAAAACUAGCAUGUCAGCAAGAGGAGUGCCAGCCUAGUCUUCAUUCUUGACAUGCUAGUUUUCAACAUGCAGAGCAGUGGCGGUUUGUUUGUUUGGACAGGGAGAACUCAAAACGUGGGAUUUCCACCCCCUUGCAGUCUGGAGUGGUACAUCUCACUUCCUGUGCUUUUGCAGAAUGUAUCGGCUUGGUACUUAACUACAACGCUGCACACUUGAACGGGAAAAGAAGACAAAGUUCUGCCUGCCGCCUGAGCCGUACUAAAGCCGUUGAGGUGUCAGUGGGAUGGCCUAGCUCUGCCCAUUGCGGCCACAGGGUGGGUCCUCCCCUUGGCCACGUGAGCGACUUAUACGGCAUGCGGUUGGCGCAUUUGUUCGGUUCUUCCACCGGCAAUGAGAGCAGACAUCUUUUCAGGGUGGGUUCCUUUAACGAGAGGCUGGGGGUGAGCGGGGAGGAAGCUCCUGUGAUAAUUUCAACAGUCUAAUAUACGUAUGCCUAGAAAUGCA